UUUUUUUUUUUUCUCUCUUUACCACUGUUCCUUAGUUACAUAUUAUCUAUUAACUGAUACGCAAAAUAUAUAGUAAUAGUAACAAUAACAAACCAGUGAACAAUGAAUAGAAAGAAAGAUAUUUAAGGUAGGGAUUUAGAACCCACCCAGACAACAGCAGCAAACACGUUAGUGGCUGAUACAAGGCGCUUUUUGAGUGUUUUAUGACAUUUUUAGACUGAUUCUGCCUCUAGACUUAAAUGACAUGUGACUAGAAAACUGUGAUUUGUGCUGACUAUUAUUCAUUUCAAAAUAUGUCUGUGUGGAAAGUCUACAACGGGUAACUCUGGAGGAACUGAACCACAUGUUCCUGCAGGAGAUACUAUGUUCGAUAAGCCGCAUCCCUCGUGUAUGGCUAUUUAUUAUAUAUUUACUAUCUCUAUCGCUACUUCAGUGGAAUCUGCGAGAGAAAGUCAUCACUGAACACUGAGCCAAGAUGAGUGUCUCGGAUGAUGUCUUGAAUUCCCUGGUGAAGUUUCUUUCACCUGAGGCUCGUGCGGAUGUCAAGACUCUUGCCUGCAAUUCUGUAGCACAACUGACUGGCACACCUGAGGGGCUGCAGCUCCUCUCCUCUCGGCCUGAUGUUCUGAAAGCGGUGGUUCGGCUUGUCCACAAUACCGACACCUCUGCUGUAUCGGAAGCCUUGACUACUCUUAUUAACUUAUCAGCAGAGGAAACAGGAUGCAAAGCAUUACUUGACCUAAUGGAGCUUUGUGUGGUGGAUGAGAUGAUAAAGUGCAUCAAGAACAAGGACCACCCACAUGCUGACUUGGCCUGUGGGGUGUUGGCCAACCUCUCCAAACCACGUGCAUUGUGCCAGAAAGUCCUGGAUCAGCUUAAUCUUGGCAGUAACAGACUGGAGGAACUAACACGGAUAUUCUGCCAGAUGGACUACAACAAGAAGGGUGCCAACCUCCACCGGCUGGCAUCCAUGAUAACCAACAUUUCUCAGCUGAAAAACGGCAGAAAGCUGAUCAUGGACAAGAAUGGAUUUGUGCUGAACCGACUGCUUCCCUUUGUGACCUGCAAGGAGUCUGUGGAUCGCCGAUAUGCAGCCGUUGCCACUCUCCAUAAUUGCUGCUUUGACAAAGCCAGCCAUGAAUGGCUACUUGGGGAGGAAGUGGAGGUGACUGGACGCCUCCUGCUGCCUCUUGCUGGUCCUGACACCUUUACCUUAGAAGAAAAUGACAAGUUACCUCUUGAUCUCCAAUAUCUGCCCAAUGACAAAACCAGAGAGCCAGAGCCAAAUAUUCGCCGGCUACUACUGGAGGCACUCAUGCAGCUGUGUGUCACACGCCAUGGAAGAGAAAGCUUAAGGGAGCAGAAUGUCUAUCUAGUCCUGAGGGAACAUCACAAGUGGGAAACGGAUCACCACUGUUUGAUGCUCAAUGAAGAUGUGGUGAAUCUCCUCAUCAGGACAGAGGAUGAGAUUGGUGCAGAUGACCUCUCCUCUGUGGAGGUGUCCGAUGACAUGGCAAAGAAAUUCACUGCUCAGGAUGAACACUACUUGGCAGGGGGAAACACCUGAUUCACAAAAGUUUAUAAUGUAAAAGAAAAAAAAAAGAAAAAAAGAAUAAUAAUGAUAAUAAAUAAUAUACACCUA